AUGAAUAAUAUCGCAAAUAGCACGUCGCCCGUGCUAAAUAGCAUGGAGAAUAGGAGCGAAGUAGAACAAUAUAAUGAAAAUGAAGAAUUAUUUCGAGUGGAGGAGACUGAAGAAAAUACAAACCUAUAUACAAAAAAAAGAUAUCGAGAUGAGGAUGACACGGAGAUGUGGACUUUAGUGUCUAGAAAUAGCAAAAGAAAGUAUCGUAGAAAUUUAUCAGAAAAAAGUUUAGAAGAAAUAGAUGAUAAAAUAGAAGUCUGUAUUACAAGUAAAGAAAAAAUUCCUAAGCAGAUAGAAUUGGCGAGAAGAGCAACUAUGAUGUAUGUGCCCCCAUCUCCUCAACCAGAAAAAGAAAAUAAUCUGGACAUAAAUGUAGAUUUUCCUGCACUUAGUUCAAACCCGGAGCCUGCUACAGUCAUGAAUCAACCACAAAGCUAUUCAGAAGUAGUAAAGUCCGCUAAGAAGAUAAAUAGUGUCGAAAAUAAAAAUAAAAGAACAAAAUGUAAAAAGAAAAAUAUUUCAAAAAAAAAAAAUAGUCAAUCACGAAACACAAUGGAUUGGGAUAUAUCAUCGGAUUCGGAAGUAAAUAUUGAGGUGACAUCAAAUUAUUCAAAGGAAGAACAAAAAAAUAAUAGCGACCAUAUAUCAUUUAAACAACUUUUAGAAAAAUUGAAAAACAUUAUAUUUAUACGUAGAAUAUCUCUGAAGGAGAAAAUUACAGAAGCUUUAGCAAUUAUAUGGGAGUGGCUGAUUUCUUUAUGUAAGACCAAAGUUUUAGAGUUACCAAUAUUCAAAAAUAUAUUUGAAUCUGUAGAUGGA